UAAAAUUCAAAAGUAACGGCUUCUUACUCUCAAGCUCCGGCUAAUUCCAUAUUCCUUGUGAUUUUAUUAUUGAUUUAUUGCGAAUAUUUUCGAAAUUAAUUGUCAUUUUAGUUGUAAUUUCCUAAGCGAGACGUGUUUUGUAGAACUUUGAUUCGUGAAAUCCGUCAUAUUAAAGUGUAUCGAUAUUUUAGUGAACUUGUUUUAACUUAAAAUCAUGUCGCAAUUUGCAUACAUAGAUAAUUUAAAUACCGGGGCCAAAAUAGAUGGCCCGGUCAACAGAGGCCCAAUUUCAAGAUACGAAAGGAUGAAAGUGUUGGAAAAUUCAAGUCAUUUAAAUUCAUCUUCGAAUAAAGCGUCUAUGUCGUUCAAUUCAUCUAUAUCAUCGAGCAAAACGCCAAAGAAACACGCAGACCCGAAUACUAAAAAGACUCCGUCCAAGACGCCGAAGAAAUCACCAGGUCCAAAUUCUAGAGCUACUACACCCGGUAAAUCUAAAACUCCAAAUGGCGGCGAUAGAUUUAUUUCUAGAAGAUCUGCAAUUAGUUUAGAAAUGGCUCAAUAUAAGCUAGCUCAAGAAAACAUUAAUACUAUGGAAUCUGAAGAAUUAGAUCCUACACAAAAAGAAAGGCAACAAAUCUUGACAGAAAACAUGACCGGUUAUAAUUUAAGUGGAACGCGCAUACUCGAAUACCAGAGAAAAGCUCCCGCACCCCCAGAGGGAUACCAAAACGCUUUAAAAGUAGUAUACAGUACAUCAAAAACUCCAAUGUCGACUAAAGCGACUUCCAGAUACAUUCCUCAUGCUCCAGAAAGAAUCUUGGACGCGCCAGAUAUUUUAGACGAUUAUUACUUGAACUUGGUCGAUUGGAGCGCAAACAAUGUAUUAGCGGUGGCUCUCGGUUGCAGCGUCUAUCUAUGGAAUGCAGACACAGGAACCAUCGAUCAGCUACUGGAAUUAGAAGGAACGGAAUAUGUUUGCUCUCUGAACUGGAUGCAAGAAGGAAACUUAUUAGCCGUUGGAACGAGUAUGGGUAAUGUUCAGUUAUGGGAUGUCACACAAUCGAAACGUCUUCGCAUUAUGGAUGGUCAUUCGCAGCGGGUUAGCUCGUUAUCUUGGAAUUCUUACAUAAUUAGUUCCGGAUCUCGUACAGGGCAGAUCAUACAUCACGAUGUUAGACAACGUGAUCACUUGGUUGCGACGUUAUCGUCACAUUCUCACGAAGUGUGUGGUUUGAAAUGGUCCUCGGAUGGGCGUUACUUGGCCAGCGGAGGCAAUGAUAAUUUAUUAAAUAUCUGGAGCGGAAUACCCGGUCAAGCGACUUACCAAUCUCAACCCAUAUAUUCGCUUAGCGCUCAUCAAGCGGCUGUGAAAGCUCUAGCUUGGUGCCCAUGGCAACAAAAUGUACUAGCCAGCGGUGGAGGUACCGCAGAUAGAAAGAUUCGAUUCUGGAAUUGUAGUAAUGGAGUAUGCUUAAACGAAAUUGAUACUAAAUCUCAAGUAUGCUCUUUACUUUGGUCCAACACCUUCAGAGAAAUUGUGUCUGGUCACGGUUUCGCCAAUUAUCAACUCAUCAUUUGGAAAUACCCAUCGUUAACGAAAGUUGCUGAAUUGACCGGACACACCGCCAGAGUGUUGCACUUGGCUCUGUCUCCUGAUGGCACUACUGUCUUGUCUGCCGGAGCUGACGAAACGUUAAGAAUGUGGCGUUGCUUCGUGCCCGAUAAAAAGAAAGAGCCUCAAAGUAAAUCUGUCCAAAGUAGCUGUAUUCUCAAGACUCAUAUUAGAUAAUCUUAUUUAAAUUUAGAGUAUAACUUUAUUAAUUUUAAGUAAAUCGUGUUUUGUGUUCGAUUUGUUUUUUAAUGUAUUGUGUAACUCUCAUUAUUUUAAAUUAAUGUUGUUUUUUAGAAUAUUUUUGUAAUGAACUUGACGACUGAGUUUGUAAUAAUUCUGACACGACGAAUUCAUGUAUUCAUUAUAAUUGUAACUCGAUGAGAGGUUUUAACUUUUUAUACAUUGUUCAUUUUAAUAAAUAUCGCUGGAAAACGAA